GUUUGUUUGUUUGUUUUUUUUCUGUUGACUGUAAAACAUAAAUUGAUAGAUAAGGAAGAAUAAAACAUGGACAAACUUUCAUUUACACCGGAAUUAUGGACAAAAAUAUUCAUUGUAAUCAAUAGUUUAUUUGUAGUAUUUAGUUUUAUUAUGUUUGCCUUAGGUAUCAGUGCCUUAGAUACAUUACUUAAAUAUGGUACAAUAUUACAAUUAGCACCACCAGCAAUAUAUGGAACGGUUAUAUUUACUGGAUUACUUGGUAUGAUAGCUGCAGCUGUUGGAUUUUUUGGUUUAUGGAAAAAAAUGAAAAUUAUCGCCUUUGUGCAUAUGAUUAGUUUAGGUAUAGCAACAUUGGUUAAUAUAUGUAUUGGUAUUGCAGCAGCAGCAACUCAAGAUAAAUAUAAAACAGAUGCUCAACAAUCAUUACUCAGUUCUAUUUCAAGUUAUAAUCAAAGUCAAUAUUCAUCGGAAUUCGAUAAAUUACAUACUACUUUCUAUUGUUGUGGAGCUAAUUCAUACAGAGAUUUUAAAACGUAUAACAUGAAGAUACCACCGUCUUGUAGAGUUGGUGAAUUGACCUAUGCAACAGGUUGUAUUGAAGAAGUAACUGGCUUUGCACAAAGUUAUACAACUAUAUUAAUAGCUUUAUGUUUUAUCACAGCUAUACUUCAAGGUGCCUAUUUGGGUAUUUCAAUAUGGAUGAUUCGUAAAUCGGAUGAUGGAGUAGCUUUCGCUGCAUAAACAUUGUAUUGAAGAAGAAAAAAAACGUUUCAUUUCGUUUUGGUUUAAACAAUUCAAAAACAGACUUCAUUUCUAAGAAGAUACCAUUCACUACUUAAUGAAUUCACUGAAGAUAAUAAAGAAAAACACAAAAAUAUCACUUUUUUUUUAUUCUCAUUCGAUAUUGAUUCUGACACCUUUUCUAGGCUGAACACAUUCAUAGCGGGUUGAUUGUUUCUUAGUAAAAACAAAAAAAAACACAACAACAACUGGUCUUAUCAACAAUAAAUGUAAAAUGGAUGUUAUUUAUUAUUCUAUCUAUCAAUCUACCGAUGACUGAAUACUAUUAUCAUUGACUAUAUCAUUACUACAUAUUCAGUGAGUCUUGAUAAAUACUGUGUCAUUAGUAUUUCUAAGUUGUCAUAGUAACCAUAUGUAACCAUUUGAUUGAAAAUAGCUUUUAAUAUAUAUGAAUCUAAGAGAAUUACCGAACAUAUCGAUCAGGGCUUUUUUUCAAAUGUUUUCUGUGACAUAUUUAUCAUUUCUAUUUACUUUUAUUUUCUCUGGUUAACGUUUUAUUUUCUAACGAGUUAGUUUUUCUACUGGGAUAGGGUUGCUAACUCCAUACCCAAUCCUUCUCGUUUAUCUAAGCUUAGGAUUGGCAGUAAUCUUGGAGAGACUCCAAGCAGAGUUAUUUCUACUUUCAGUAUAAUAAGUUUAGCAUAUAUUGUCUUAUAACUCCGUCUGGAGCCCCUCUGGCUCUACUGCCGGUCCCAAGACCUGAUAAAGGAGGAGGGUUGGGCAUGGGGUUAACGACUCUAUCCUAGUAAAAAAAUAACUAACUUGCUAAAAAUAAAACGCUAACCAGAAAAAUGUAUUGUCUUAUAUUUGAUGAAAGUCGAAAAAUGAACAUUAAAGUAAAUUAUGAUAACGUAAGUGUUUACGUUGUUACUAAUUGAUUUUUAUAUAAACGUGUUAUGAAGAAUUUUUCAGUAUUAUCACAUGAUUAAUUGAAGUGUUAGGCUUUCUAAAUAAACAAUACAGAAGUGUAUUUCAUUGAGAUGUAACAUGUUUAAUUGAUCUCAUUGAGAAUAUGUUAUGGUUUGAUGAAGUUUUAUAAAUUUAGAAGAAACUUCUUGAUGAUUAAGAUAGAAUUAUAUGUGAGUAAUUGAUUUUUGAUUCGUUCAAUGAUUCUUAGAAGUAUUGAGUAAUUGUUAGGUUUGAAGCUAUAACGAGUUCACUUAGUCGGCGAACGAGAACAAAGACUUAGUGACCAAAGACCAGUAAGCUAGCUAUUGAUGCGUUCCAGCCCCUCUAACUAGAGGGAGAAGUUUAAGCUUGGAAUGGGGAAGUAUGUUCUGCAAGCAGCCAAAAACGAGCGAUAACAACAAACGCAAUUCAAAACGUAUAUAUACAGCAGAAAACCGUCCUUGGGGAGAGGUAUCAAAUAGGAUACUAAAAAACACAACGAACCAAUAGCAUUUAAAAUAUUUUCCAGUAGGAAAUACGACAUGAAGGUGACAAGAUAGCCUUUGGCCCGAAAACAAAGCAACUCAAAUUUUCUAAAUAAAUUACAAAAUUAGGUCCUUUUCCAAGUGAAUUCUUGGGAUCUAACGUCCCCAACAGAUAUCCAACACAUAGUAUUAACACCCUUUCACAUCGUAUUAGUUAAGUUGAAUUUUCAUGAUCUGUUAAUUAUAUAAGAGUAGCAUACGUAUUCAAAAUUGUUAUCUGUGAAAUUAAUAAUAAGUACUUUGUAGGAGAGGCAAAGUGAAAAUAAGAUAAUAAGACUAUUAAACGGCUUACGUAAGAUUGGGAUAAGAAAUUAAAAUGGUUUUGAUGUCUAUUCUUAUGGCUUCUAAUAUAUGUAAGAGUCGGAUUCUGAAACGAUCGGGUAAAUUCGGUUGGAUUUUAUAACUUUAAACGCUGAACUUUAAUCUAUGUGAUAAUCAGUAUCAACCAGAUGCACCAAGAUAGAGUUUGUUAUUACGCCUUUUUUGUCUUUUGGUCAACCAUAUAGGGUAAUGUUCAGAAAUAUGAUGAUGCAUUUGUUUACUUGUGAGCCUAGUAUAACUAGCUAUGUAGGAGUAGUUUAAAUUGUAAAUACACGUAGAGGCAGAGGAACUAGGCAACUCAUCUUUAUUUUGUGAAAUCAUUAUUAACCAACUGAAGAAAGUAGGAUAUUUGCUUGCCGUAUUGAAUGUACGUUCUAAAGCGUUUUGUAUACGUGGAUUUACUAUUUCACUGACCAUAUCAUCUUUGAAAUGUGAUUAAUUAUUAUUAUUAUUAUUAUUGGCUUUAUUCAGUGUUAUAUUUCUGGUACAACAUAGAGUUCUCAAUACAAAGUAUUUCAACAAGUUUCCAUUUCUUAAUUCUUGAUCGAUCCAUGCCAGUUAAAUGUUAUCAGUUCAAAAAUCGAUAUCUAAAUAAUGUAUGUUCUUUUCGAUACAGAUUGCCAACAACCACGAUGUCUUUGAUUAGGAUCUUUAGUAAGUUGUAGAACGAAAUGUCGUAAAUGUUUCGCAAACUCAUCUGAAUAGACUAUGAGGCUAAUAGGCAUAAUGAUGUAUUAAAACAAACAAGCAAAAAGAGAUCUUGUUGAAAUAUCCAGAUGACUGAAACAGUUACGCCCAGAUAUUCAAGCAGCUGCCUUCGGAUAUAGUUAAAUAGAUAAUCGUUCAUAUCUCGUAACUGUGUCUUAUUUCAUUCUCGUUACGUUUCGACCAAAUGGGUUUUACGUGUGUUAAACCAAUUUUGAAUCUAUCAUUAAGAAGAAAACAGGCUUAAAUACUGUCAAUCUAAAACUGUCAAUUUCAAUAACAAUUUAACAUUAACAAAUGGAUAAAGUAAAAUAAAUGAAAAGGAAACUAACUUGUGAUGUGUGCAAAUUUAAAGUGAGUCAUUACAUAUGCCAGACAAUAAAAAUCAGAUUUUUUGAGCAAAUUAAAAAAAAGAAAUUC